UUCUUCUUGUAAGCAAUUAAGCAUUAGUUUUACCACUUUUACACACAAACGCAAGUACAACCAAUAGAAACUGAACUAGGUGGGAAACAGGGGAAGGCAAAAAAAUAUGGUGGAAGUUAGCUCACUUAAGCUCUAUGGAACGUGGGCAAGUCCUUGUGUGUUAAGAGCCAAACUUGCCCUUAACAUUAAGGGCAUAGAGUAUGAAUAUAUAGAGGAAGAUCUUGCCAACAAAAGUGAGUUGCUUUCGCGAUAUAAUCCUGUGUACAAGAGGGUGCCUGUACUUGUACACAAUGGCUUCCCAAUUGCUGAAUCGUCCGUCAUCCUUGAAUAUAUAGAUGAGACUUGGACUGACCCACCACAUCUCCUUCCCAAAGAUCCCUACCAAAGGUCCAAACAUCGUUUCUUGGCCGCCUAUUUUCAACAGGUAGUUGAAACAUUGGGUAAAACACUACUAUCAGAAGCUAAACCAACAGAUGAUCUACUGAAUGAGUACUGGAAUAGUCUAGAUGUGGCUGAAGAAUUAAUGCAGGCGAUGUUCUCUAAUGGAGAUCCAUCUUUCCAGGAUACGAAACCGGGUUACUUGGAUAUAAUCUUUUAUUCCUUCUUUGUAACCUCCGAUGUCAUGGAGGAGUUCUUUGGCUUUAAGUCUCUGUCUGCAGAAAGGUACCCGUUAUUGGUUUCAUGGACCAAGGCUCUAAGUGAAGUUCCUGAAGUUAAAGAUGUCACACCAUCCAAGUCCAAGCUGCUUGAACUUCUAUAUGCUAUGCGCCAGAAUUAGAUUCUACCAACAAAGGCUAAAUGGGUAGUGUUAAUAAUGUGGGAAUUAGAUACUAAGCUUCUUUAUCUUGUAAAAUUAAGCAUAUUUGUUUCCUUAGCUAGUUGUAAGACAAAUUGGGUUCAUGAUCCUACUGCUCUAAUAAUGUUCUUUUGUCCGAAAUUGGGAUUCAUGUGUUGGCUUUUAAUGGUCAAAGAGAUUGAACUUUGACCAAUAUUUUAAUUUUUAUAUUUUUGUGGGAAAGAAAGUAAAUUUGUCAUUUUUUUUUCUAUAUGAAAAGAUUAUAAAGGAAAGACCAUACAUGUGCAGUCAAUGGUUGGGUUGGGUUGGGCUUGAGAUAGGCUCAUGGCUAAGCUUGUAGUUUCGUGUUUUCAUUAUAUCCCAAUUUAUAUUUGGUCAAAUUUAUUGUA